AUAACAUUUGAGUCGCGUAAUUGUACUGACAGGCGUUUAACAAUAUUCUGUAAAAUGUUCAAAUCCAAUUUGGCCAUUGGAUUUGUUGCAAAAUUUCUUUGGUGGAAACACAACAUGCAACCAAGAAAAUAAAUAUAGUGGAAUAUUGAAGUAAAAAUAGUGUAAAUAUUUUCGAGGAAGUACAGUGUAUGAAAGAGUUGGUAAGCGCAGUCAGGGUGCGCAGUAACAUUCGCCAACCCUAUAAAUGGAAGGGAACUGUCGCCCCAUUCACAAGUAACCUGACGCUCACGUCACGGUAAAGUUCGAAGUCUUGCAGAACUUUGAGUCCCGAUCUCGCGGUAUUGUGAAGUGAAAUAGUGAUACAAAAUGAAAGUAUUCCUGUAUAUGGUGGCGGUUGCACUUGCGUGGGAUGCCAUUCAUUGUUUCUAUAUGCCGAAUAAGGAGUUCGGUCAUGUAAGAAGUUCGGCGCCAGCUCAGUCUUGGUUCCCCAGAGUUCGACGCUUAUCCAGACCUGCACAUCGAGUUAUAGAUCCUACUGAAGAUUGUUUCCUGGUGACAUCAGAAGAAGGGGAACUGUUCUUUAAAUCACCAUCAGAUGAACCAUCGGUGUGCGGGAUCUACAUGAUUGCGGAGCCGGAUAAAAGGAUCGAAGUUAUUUUCAAUUAUCUCGAUGUGCCGUGUGAAGAUGGAGGAUUGGUUGCGUGGGUAGACGGAUGGGAGCUUAAUGGGCAAGUGUGGCCUGCGGACACUUGGGACGACGACCGGGUAGUGGAGACCUGCGACCAACGACCGCAACGCAAACUCGUAUCCCGACAAAAUGCCGCUCUAGUACAGUAUCGCGUGCCGGCUCAAGGGAAGGGAUUCGCAGUUACUGUUAGACACAUCCGAAACGCACGACCUUGCAACGUGAUGGUGUUUGGUUCUGAGGGCGUAUAUACUUUAAGAAAUCACGGGGAAACUGGCAAUUGUUCGCUGCUAACUAUUUCUCCAUCAACUGUGCGUGUACUGGACUUGAACGUCGGGCAAACGAUAAAAAAAGGGCACAUGUUGGAAUUGGAAACUGGACCUAUUCAUCAU